AUGGAUUCGUUGCAGAAGGAUUUGUUCUUUUGCGUAUGUACCGUCUUUGCAAGUGCGAAGAGUGGAGCCAUUCUUUUGAAUAACGUUCACACUGCUUAUAUGAUGACUUGCAACGAAAUCUGGUCAUCUUUACUGGGGUUUGAAGCUGUCGCUAUCCUGUUCACUCCAGAUGAAAACAAGGCCUAA